AUGGCCAAAGAGAAAAAGGGCAAGAACGAUUCGAAAAAGGCCAAGCUGGCGGAAAAGAAGCAGAAGCAAGAGAAAAAAGCAGAAAAGAAGGCCAAGGUCAAGGCGUCCAAGGUGGACGGCAGCGAUGCCGAGGACGUGGACUUGGACGCGGUGCUCGACGAGUACAAGAAGCAGCAGGAGCAGUUCCUCAAGGUAACGGAGACGGUGUGCGAGGGGCCGCCGCGGGCGCGGGCGUCGUCGACGCUGCUGGCCAGCCCGUCCAACAGCAAUCAGCUGCUGCUGUUUGGCGGCGAGUACUUCAACGGCGCGCUGGCCACCUUUUUCAAUGAUUUGCUGGUCUACUACGUCGACCGCGACGAGUGGCGCAGUGUCACGUCGCCCAACGCGCCGCUGCCCCGGAGCGGCCACGCUUGGUGCCGGGCUGGCAAUGAGCAGGCCGCCGUCUAUUUGUUUGGUGGCGAGUUCAGCUCGCCCAAGCAGGGUACCUUUUACCACUACAACGACUUCUGGCGCCUCGACACGGCCACCCGCGAGUGGUCGCGCGUCGAGCCCAAGGGCAAGACGCCCCCCGCCCGCAGCGGCCACCGCCUCACCUACUACAAGAACUACAUCGUCCUCUUCGGCGGCUUCCAGGACACGGCCCACCAGACAAAGUACCUGGCCGACCUGUGGCUGUACGACACGCAGAACUUCGUCUGGCACUGCCCCACCCUGCCGCCCGCCCAGCUCAAGCCCGAUGUCCGCUCGUCCUUUACCUUUCUACCCCACGACCAGGGCACCGUGCUGUACGGCGGCUACUCGCGCGUCAAGGCCGCCGCGGCCGCCUCCUCGGGCGGGGGAAAGCAGGGCAAGGGCGGCAAGGGCGGCGACGGCGGCGGUGGUGGCGGCCGCAGCGUGCUCAAGCCCAUGGUGCACCAGGACUGCUUCUUCCUGCGCAUCACGCAGCCGGCAGCCGACGCUCCCUCAAACACGCCGCCAACAGUGCGGUGGGAGAAGCGCAAGCGGCCGGCCAACGCGCCCAGCCCGACACGCGCGGGCGCCACCAUGGCCUACCACAAGGGCCGCGGCAUCCUGUUUGGCGGCGUGCACGACGUUGAGGAGAGCGAGGAGGGCAUCGAGAGCGAGUUCUUCAACCAACUGCUGGCGUGGAACGUCGAGCGCAACCGCUUCUUCCCGCUGGCCCUGCGCAAGCCGCGCGCCGCGCAGAAAAAGGGGCAGGCAACCGAGCAGCAGCAGCGCGUCGGCCGCAGGGGCAGGGCCCAGGCCAACGAGGAGGAGCUUCUGAAGCAGCUGGCGGCCCUGCAGGCGGGCGCCGGCAAGGGGGGUGACGGCGACGGUGACGGCGACGGUGACGGCGACGACCAGAUGGAUGUCGAUGCCGCCAAGAAGACGGCCGACGAGGAGGACGCUGCUGCGGUGGCGGCCCCCAAGGAGGACAUGCUGGUGUCGAUGGAGUUCCCGCACCCGCGGUUCAACGCGCAGCUCGCGGUGCAGGACGACGUGCUGUAUGUCUACGGCGGUACGUUUGAGAAGGGCGACCGCGAGUUCACGUUUGACGACCUUUACGCCAUCGACCUGGGCAAGCUGGACGGCUGCAAGGAGAUCUUCAACCGGCCGGUGGAGGACUGGAUCGCUUCGGACGACGAGGACGACGAUGAUGACGACGACGACGACGAGUACGAAGACUACGACGACGACAAGGAGGAUGAGGACGAAGACGGCGACGUCGAGAUGGUCGAGGACGGCCAGAAGCCGAAGCCGUUCACCCCUAGCGCCAGGGGCAAGAAGCGCGCGGGCGCCGAGGCACCGGACGAGGCGGCCAACGGCGCUGCCGCUGCCGCUGCCGCUGCGGAAGAGGAGGAGGCGGAAGCGGCGGCCGCCGCACCAGUGGACGAUGGUUUGCCGCACCCAAGGCCAUUCGAAUCGCGCCGCGACUUCUUCCAGCGCACGUCGCACGAGUGGCAGGAGGUGCUCAUGACCAGCCUGCGGUGGAAGGGCGUCGCGCCCGAGACGUUGACGGUCAAAGAGAUCAAGACGCGCGCGUUCGAGAUGAGCGAGGAGAAGUGGUGGGACUGUCGCGAGGAGAUCACGGCCCUCGAGGACGAGCAGGAGGCCGCGGGUAUCGGCGAGGUCGUCUCGCUGGCCGACCGCGACGGUGGAGCUGCUGGGGGGGCGGGUGUCGGGGCCGGGCCGAGGCGCCGGUAG